AUCCCCUUCGGGUGGUCUCGGAUUUCCGAUCUCCUCUUCAGGUGGUCCUUACGUCUCCUCCGUCUCUGAUCCCCAAAUCGCCGUCCAGUUCCGUGCUCGUCUCUCGCAGUUCCUCCAUUCAUGGCCGAUUCCUGGUGACCCUCGAUCGCCCAAUCGUAUCUUGAUGGCUGUGAGCGACAAGCUCUUCCCUGCAAUCGAACCCGAGGAGCCAGAGCCCCACCGGCCCGACGCGGUUAUUAGGUCCGUGGCGGCGGUUGAUUCUAGGGUUUCGGAUGCCAGAGUCUUUCAUUCGUCCCCAGAGGUAUCUGAUGAAAUGGAGGACAGCUACAGUACGAGCUCUUCAUCCAAGAAUGGAAAUUGCUGCUCUUCAGAAUUGAUUCAGGCUUCUAAUCCUGGAAUUGUGUGUCCUCAAAUUUCUGCCAAAAGGAAAUCACGCAAGUAUUUCUAUUAUGAUUCUCCACUUUAUGAAGAAACUGGCAUUUGGAUACCUGUGUCUGUACCUCCGAUGUCAGAAAGUGAUCAUGACGAAUGGAGCAGGGGCUUUGGUUGUAAUGGUGGGUACUUUCCUGAGGGAGAAUUCAGUUGGGAUCAAUCUCUUGGAGUAGAUAAGGAGAUGACCAUGUGGGAUGUGGUUUCUGAGAUGCUUCUUGUGGUCCGACACAAAUUAAGUGGCCUUGCAUCAAGUGAUCUAAAGAGUUGUGGUAUGUCUUGGAUAUCAAUAGAACUCCUAGAAGAAACUUGGAAAGAGAUGGCGAAUUCUCUUGCAGAGACCAACUAUGGGCAUAGCAUGGAGAUUCUUGAAACAGAUCCACCAAAGUGGUUGCCUGACAGUGCUGCAGCUUCUUGCAUGCUGUGCAACGUGCGGUUUCAUCCUUUUAUGUGUUUUAGACAUCAUUGUCGGUUUUGUGGUGGCAUAUUUUGUGGUGAUUGCUCUACAGGAAGAAGCUUGAUGCCUCCAAAAUUCAGAAUUGCAGAUCCACAGCGGGUUUGUGAUGUUUGUUAUGUCCGACUCAAGUCUGUUCAGCAUUACUUAAUGGAUCAAGUUAGUAAUGCUUCACAGCUUCUGACCCAAGAUUUGACAGAUCUCAGCACCUUGCGGUCAUGGUUAAAUUUUCCAUGGGGUCGAACUAUGGAAUAUGAAAUUUACAAGGCAGCAAAUAUAGUUCGUAGUUACAGUAAGGUGGGUUCACUGAGACCUGAGAAGUCCAUCCCUGAUGCUAUUCUAAAACAAGCGCACGGCCUUGCCAUACUGACUGUUGUAAAUGUUGGAUUAAUGGUUACUUAUAAAGUUGGGACUGGUCUUGUUGUUGCUCGUAGAGAGGAUGGUUCCUGGUCUCCACCUUCUGCCAUCUCUUCAUUUGGUUUGGGAUGGGGGGCCCAGGCUGGAGGUGAGCUAACUGAUUUCAUAAUUGUCCUGAGGAACAAAGCUGCUAUAAGGACUUUUAGCGGAAAUGCACAUUUAUCAGUUGGUGCAGGAUUGAGUGCAGCUGCUGGCAUUGUUGGACGGGCUGCUGAGGCUGAUAUACGUGGAGGUGAUGGUGGUUAUGCUGCUUGUUAUACCUAUAGCUGUAGUAAAGGUGCGUUUGUAGGUUGUGCACUCAAUGGUAACAUAGUAAUCGCUCGCACUUCAGAAAACUCCCGAUUUUAUGGUGCUCCGCUCAAGGCAUCGGACAUACUCCUUGGGUCAUUGCCAAGGCCACCAGCAGCAGCUGUUCUCUAUAAUGCUCUUUCCGAUCUAUUUCUCAAGCUCAAAAGGUAGCAUAACAUAGUAUGGUGCAACUCAUGCAUCCAGUUGAUAAUCACUCUUUCAGCUGGAAGACAUCCAAAUUAAGUCUGCAUCAUGCAACUCGCGCUUCCAGUUGAGGGCCUCGUUCUUGCUCUUGCAUCGAUGCAUUUAUUCUUUGACUUUGUGGACAGAAAGUGACACUUGAAUGUGUACAUAUGAAACAUCAUUCAUUAAUCCUCGUAUGGCAAUUGUGCAUUGUAAAUAUCAAGCACACAGUGUGGAGUUUCAAAAUCUAUUAUGUAGUUGGAUAUUAAGUUAUUAAUGAUUACAUGGCUGUAUCGUAUGCGUUGACA